AUGCGUGUCGGAAACAGUGUUUGGGCUUCAGCCCUCCUGGCUCUCAGCACUCCAAUCCUGGCUUGUGAGAGCUGUGAGCACCCAGAGCGAGAUGUGGUCAUGACAAGAAACGUUCGGCGCAUGCAACCAGAUGCUCAGAACACUACUGUCGAACCUCGUGGCCCAUUGGCAUGGGGUCAGCUCAACGUACUGCACACUACCGAUACCCACGGCUGGCUCGAGGGUCACAUCAGAGAGCAAAACUACGGUGCAGACUGGGGUGACUAUGUCUCUUUCGUCAAGCACAUGAGACAGAAGGCAAGGGAUCUGGACGUCGAUCUUCUGGUGGUUGACACUGGCGAUCUUCACGAUGGUGCAGGUCUCAGUGAUGCUACUGGAGUUGCCACCUACAGUGGUGUUAACGGGCAAUUGUCAAACCCGAUUUUCGAGCAGCUGGACUACGACCUGCUGACUAUCGGAAACCACGAGCUCUAUGUCUCUGCAAUUGCCUAUGAGACCUUCAAUCAGUUUGCCAAAGCAUAUGGUGAAAGAUACUUGACUAGCAACGUCCAAAUCAGAAACCCAAGCACCGGCGAGCUCGAGUACGUUGGCAAGAAGUAUAGAUACUUCAGAACCCAGAAGGGCCUCAGGAUCAUGGCUUUUGGUGUCCUAUUCGAUUUCACUGGUAACUCCAAUGCUUCGUUCGUCACCAAAGCCGCUGAUAUGGUCAAGGAGUCUUGGUUCGUUGAUGCUGUCAACCACAAGAACGUGGAUGCCUUUGUCUUGAUUGGCCAUAACCCUGUCGGUCUGAAGAGCAGCACUAACACUCUGCAAACCGUCUACAAGGCUAUUCGUGCCAUCAAGCCCGACACGCCUAUUCAGAUGUUCGGUGGCCACACUCACAUCCGCGACUUUGCAGUUUACGAUGACAAAUCCGUCGGCUUGGAGAGUGGAAGAUAUUGCGAAACACUGGGCUGGCUGGCCGUGAGCGGCAUCAACCCACACGGCAAGGCUAAUCCUAAGGGAGUGCCUAACCCAACAAUGAAGGCACAGAAGAAUGGGACAACUCCGACUUCUUCUAGCCUUGCUUCUUCUACCAGUGCUUCGAGCAUGAGAUUCUUCCGACGCUAUCUGGAUUGGAACCGCAUGACGUUCGAGUACCAUGCUGAAGGUAGCCAGGCCAAAGCAUUUGACACUACCAAGGGCCUCGCCGUAACCAAGAACAUCACUGCCACUCGCAAGGAGUUGAACUUGACCAGCAUUUACGGCUGCGCUCCCCAGACAUGGUGUCUCUCUUGUGCACCAUUCAAGUCAGAAGGCUCCAUCUACUCUCUUCUCGAUACCGCGCUUUCGGCUACCAUUGUUACCAAGGAGCGUGCCGACAAGCCUCGUCUCAUUGUUACCAACACUGGCCACAUCAGGUUCGAUCUAGCCGAGGGAACAUUCGACUACGAUUCGAGCUUCAUCGUCUCACCCUUCACCGACGCUUUCCAGUACCUUCCUGAUGUCCCCUACCACCUCGCCAGCCAAGUCCUCGAGGGUCUGGAGAGUGGCAACUACCCAUCCAAGCGCGAUCUGUCCUCUGCAGAUUUCGGAUUCACUCAAAUGAACCCCUCGCUCGACAGCUGCAUCGACCCUCCCGUGACUCACGACCACCUCGUUACCAAGCGCUCCUACCCAGGUGGCCGCAUCAUCAGACGCCAGACAACCACUACCCCUGGCUACACGACCACUGACGAUUUUGGCACUGACGGAGACGACACCAUCCACUCAAAGAUCCCUUACUACUCAUACCCCAACUUCUUCCAAUCCAACGGCAGUCUUCCCGCUAACGGAACACUCACUGCUGACGCCCCUGUCGAUCUGAUCUUCUUGGACUACAUUGCUGGCAGUGUUGUCAAGGUUCUGAAUGGGCUCGGUGGAAACUACACUAAUGACGAAAACUUCACAACCAACUCGUACUUGCCCAAGUACGCACAAAUGUCUUCUGAAUGGCAAGCUAAUGUGCCCCACUGCCCUGUUGGUUUGGGAAUCGGUUACAACAUCACCUCAUAA